AAUGUGUUGUCCUCGCUACGGGGAGCGGAGGCAGACGGAGAGCGACUGGGGCAAGCGCUGCGUGGACAAGUUCGACAUCAUUGGCAUCAUCGGAGAGGGCACCUACGGGCAGGUGUACAAAGCCAAGGACAAGGACACAGGUGAGCUGGUGGCUCUGAAGAAGGUGAGGCUGGACAACGAGAAGGAAGGGUUCCCCAUCACGGCCAUCCGCGAGAUCAAAAUCCUGCGGCAGCUCAUCCACCGCAGCGUGGUCAACAUGAAGGAGAUCGUCACAGACAAACAAGAUGCACUGGAUUUCAAGAAGGACAAAGGUGCCUUUUACCUUGUGUUUGAGUACAUGGACCAUGACCUAAUGGGGCUGCUAGAAUCUGGCUUGGUACAUUUCUCAGAGGACCAUAUCAAGUCUUUCAUGAAACAGUUAAUGGAGGGUCUGGAUUACUGUCACAAAAAGAAUUUCCUUCAUCGAGACAUCAAGUGCUCCAACAUCUUACUGAACAACAGUGGGCAGAUCAAACUUGCAGAUUUUGGGCUCGCCCGACUCUACAGCUCAGAGGAGAGCCGUCCCUACACCAACAAAGUCAUCACGUUGUGGUACCGACCGCCAGAGCUGCUGCUGGGGGAGGAGCGUUACACCCCUGCCAUCGAUGUGUGGAGCUGUGGCUGUAUCCUCGGGGAACUGUUUACAAAGAAGCCUAUUUUUCAAGCCAAUCUGGAACUGGCUCAGCUUGAAUUAAUCAGCCGGCUCUGUGGGAGCCCCUGCCCAGCUGUGUGGCCAGAUGUGAUCAAGCUGCCCUACUUCAACACUAUGAAGCCCAAGAAGCAAUACCGGCGGCGCCUGCGCGAGGAGUUCUCCUUCAUUCCCUCCUCUGCCCUGGACCUGCUGGACCACAUGCUGACGCUGGACCCCGGCAAACGCUGCACAGCAGAGCAGGCCCUGCACAGCGACUUCCUGAAGGACGUUGACCUCAGCAAAAUGGCACCUCCAGA